GAAAUUCUGUGACCGGAAAUGUUUUAUUAUUGUUGCUGACGAGACGCUGAUAAAGAUUUGUUACUUAUUAUUCUCAGACGGAGUAGCUACAAACAACGACAUAGAAACCAUCGUGGUGAUAAUAAGGUUUUCUCCCCAAGAUCACAGGUCCAUCUGAAAAGAGCCAGGUUGAGAGAAUAGAGGGAAAGGAGAUUAAAAUGGAGGUGGAAGAGGCAACCAAGUCUGAAGAAGUGCAGGUGGAAGAGGCAACCAAGUCUGAAGAAGUGCAGGUGGAUGUGGCUGGCAGCGAAGAGAAGUCAGAUGAAGCUUUGUCUAAUGGUAGCCACACAACCCCUAAGAGAGGCAGGGGUAGGCCCCCCAAAAACCGACUCGUCUCUGAAUCAGAUCAAGCCUUAUCCAACGGUAGCUCCAGAACAUCUAAGAGGGAACGGGGUAGGCCCAAAAGAUCAGUCACCGAGAAGGGAAGAGGUAGGCCAAGUGGAGCCUUGUCUAAUAGUAGCACCACAACACCUAAAAAAGAUCAGCCAAAAGGAUCAACCUCCAGGUUAGGUGCUAGCUGCAUAACACCUAAGAGGGGAAGGGCCAAAGGAUCCGUGUUCACAAAACCCAAGAUGCUGAAGGUUAUAGGCAAGCCGUCGCCAGGCCAACCCAGUGAAGUGGUUGACCCCACCCCUAAGAAGUGUGGCCGGCCCUUUAAAGUUAAAUCAAAAAGGGGUAGGCCAAAGAAGAUCCUAACACCCGAGGAAGAAGAGGAGAGAAAGAAACUGGAAAGUCAGCCAAGAGUGUUGAAGCCACUUGGAAGGCCACGCAUCCAUCCCCGCAAUGACCCACCAGUCACUGAGCCUAGAGGAAGAGGCCGCCCAUGCAAGUCUGAGGACAAAAGGGGUGCUCACUUGCGGAAACCCCCCAAUCCCAACCCCCCCAUCUAUGAUGGUCCCCCACGGAAAAGGGGCCGUCCCCCUAGUGCAGCAAACAAAGAUAAGAUCGAGGCAGAGCAAGAUGAGGCCAACAGUGAACCUCCAGUCAAACGAUCCUGCAACUCCAACGAAAAAAGCGAGGAAGGAUUUCCUCCAGUCGAAGAGGACAGUGAAACGGGAAAGGUGAACUGAGGAAAGUGAAACCAGAAAGGGGAAUGGAGGAAAGCGGAUGAAUAUACAGAAGACACCAAGAAGCCAGUUAUCCCCAGUGACUGCAGUAGCUUUCUUGGGGCCAUAAGCAGGAUGUUUGGCGACAGCCCGACCAGAGCAAGUACUCCCCACUUCAUAGCUGCCCUGUUUUUUUCUUUUCCUUUUUUUGGGGGGGGGGGGGGGGGGG